CUCCUAGGACCUGGCGUACACAUACGUGGACAUCACAUUUUUGGUCAUAUGACCACAGUCGUUAAUUCUGCUGAACUGUCGCCUCAUGGCCAAGUAUGUGGACACUUACACUGUCAUCUGGUGGUGUCAGAAGAGUACAACACACUACGGUAAGAAUUAAAAAUGGCGGCAAACACAAGGGAUAAUUCAAGUGGCAGCUCCAAACACAAACCUCGACAAGAGCGUUUUUCUGUGCAAACAGCAUUGGAGCAAUUUUGGCUAAAUGAUGGAGACAACUCAGAUUUGGAAGACUUGUCUGACAACGAUGAUCCCAUCCUGGAUGCCAAUUACCAACCCCGAACACAGGAGCGAAGCAGCAGUGAGGAUGAGGAUGACAGUAGUGAUGAUGAGGACCCCAUUCCUCAGCCCACUGAGCACAGCAGAGGACGUAAACGUCUCCGUGGUGCAAAUAAUGGAGCCUGUCCAUGCAGACAAUAUCUGCCAAUGAAGCCAAACCCAGUUGGCAUCAAGAACUUCGUUUGUGCUACAGCAGAUGGCAUUGUGCUGGACUUUGAUCUGUAUCAAGGUACAGGUGCACUGCUUGAGCAGGUCGAAGAAGAGGUGGGCCUGGGGUUGGGAGGCUUAGUCUUGGCUCGUCUGUGUCAAACUCUGCAUCGUGGCACAAAAGUGUAUUGUGACCGGUUCUUCACAAGCAUCCGAGGUGUGGAACAAAUGAUGAAGAAGGAGAUGUACAUUACUGGUACAAUAAUGAAGAACAGACUCGCUGGCGCGAAGGAGAAGCUACCCUCUGACAAAACCAUGAAAAACACAGGAAGAGGUACCUCAUCAGAACUUUCCACUGAAGACGGAAAGUUGUGUGUAGUGAAGUGGUAUGACAACAAACCAGUAUUGAUGAUGUCUGGUGUUCAUGGCACAGAGCCUGAAGACACCUGCCAGCGCUGGGACAAGAAAUUGAAACAGUAUGUGACUGUCUCGCGACCAAGCAUUGUCCGUGAGUACAACCUCAAGAUGGGUGGAGUGGAUUUGAUCGAUAGAAUGAUUAGCUACUAUCGCAUGAGCGCCCGUACUAAGAAGUGGACGAUGCGGAUGCUAAUGCACUUCACAGAUCUGGCUUUAGGUAACAGCUGGCUACUCUACCGCAAAGACCUCGCAAUAUGUGCUGCACCAAAGAAGAGCAUCAUGCAGUUCCUUGAGUUCCGUACAGAAAUUGCUACGACCCUCUUGGCCCAGCAUCACGGUCAAGGAAGCCAUGCAGACCUCUCUGAACAGUCAGAGGAAGAAGACAACUCAAAUCAAGGGAACAAACGUCCUGUGACGGCAGUGCCCCAUGUCUCGGUCCGCAGGAGGGCGAAUGCCCAUCUCCCAGAGAUGAUCAGCCUGAAGAACGCGGCGCGCUGCAGGGUAGCAGGCUGCACUGGAAGAACCCGAGUGCGUUGUGUGACCUGCAAAGUGUUCUUGUGCUUGCAAGGCGAUCGCAACUGUUACACAGCCUUUCACACAUAGACACACAUACACUGCAGCACAAC